GGCCCUCGCAGGCCCAUGGCGGCGGCCGCGGCGCUCCCGGGCGCGGGCGGGCCUCCCGCGGGCGGCGGGGCCGGGGGCGGCGGGGGCGCGGGCGGCGGGUCCCCGCCGGGCGGCUGGGCCGUGGCGCGCCUCGAGGGCCGCGAGUUCGAGUACCUGAUGAAGAAGCGCUCGGUGACCAUCGGGCGCAACUCGUCGCAGGGCUCGGUGGACGUGAGCAUGGGCCACUCGAGCUUCAUCUCGCGGCGCCACCUCGAGAUCUUUACGCCCCCGGGCGGCGGCGGCCAUGGCGGGGCGGCCCCGGAGCCGUCCGCGCAGCCCGGGCCGGACGCCGGCGGCGACUUCUACCUGCGCUGCCUCGGCAAGAACGGCGUGUUCGUGGACGGCGUGUUCCAGAGGCGCGGGGCGCCGCCGCUGCAGCUGCCGCGCGUGUGCACGUUUAGAUUCCCGAGCACAAACAUCAAGAUCACGUUCACUGCCCUGUCCAGUGAGAAGAGGGAGAAACAGGAGGCUCCCGAGUCCCCGGUGAAGCCCGUGCAGGCCCACAUCUCGCCCUUGACCAUCAACAUUCCAGACACCAUGGCCCACCUCAUCAGUCCCCUUCCCUCCCCCACAGGAACCAUCAGUGCUGCAAACUCCUGCCCAUCCAGCCCCCGGGGAGCAGGGUCUUCGGGGUACAAAAUGGGCCGUGUGAUACCAGCUGACCUCAAUUUAAUGGCCGACAACUCGCAGCCAGAAAAUGAAAAGGAAGCUUCUGGUGGAGACAGCCCAAAGGAUGAUUCAAAGCCACCUUAUUCCUAUGCACAAUUAAUUGUACAAGCAAUUACGAUGGCUCCUGAUAAACAACUUACUCUAAAUGGAAUUUACACUCACAUUACUAAAAAUUAUCCAUACUACCGGACUGCGGACAAGGGCUGGCAGAAUUCAAUUCGCCACAAUCUCUCUCUGAAUCGCUAUUUCAUCAAAGUACCGCGUUCCCAGGAAGAACCAGGCAAAGGCUCAUUCUGGAGGAUAGACCCUGCCUCUGAAAGCAAAUUAAUAGAGCAGGCUUUUAGGAAAAGACGGCCUAGGGGCGUGCCUUGCUUUAGAACCCCUCUGGGACCGCUCUCGUCUAGAAGUGCCCCGGCCUCACCCAAUCACUCUGGAGUGCUGUCUGCUCACUCCAGUGGUGCCCAGACCCCUGAGAGCCUGUCGAGGGAAGGUUCACCGGCCCCCCUGGAGCCUGAGCCCAGCGCCUCACAGCCCAAACUGGCCGUCAUCCAGGAGGCACGGUUUGCCCAGAGUGCACCAGGCUCUCCCCUGUCUAGUCAGCCCGUUUUAAUUGCUGUGCAGCGGCAGCUGCCGCCAACGAUCAAGCCUGUCACCUACACGGUCGCUGCCCCCGUGACCACCUCGACCUCCCAGCAGCCUGUUGUGCAGACGGUGCACGUCGUCCACCAGAUCCCUGCGGUGUCUGUCACCAGCGUGGCCGGCCUGGCCCCGGCAAGCACGUACACUGUCGCCGGCCAGGCUGUGGUCACUCAGGCGGCCGUGCUGGCUCCCCCUAAGGCAGAGCCGCAAGAGAAUGGCGAUCACAAAGAAGUAAAAGUGAAAGUGGAACCUAUUCCUGCGAUUAGCCAUGCCACGCUAGGCGCCGCAAGCCGGAUCAUUCAGACGCCACAGAGCACCCCCGUGCAGACGGUCACCAUAGUGCAGCAGGCCCCGCUAGGUCAGCACCAGCUACCGAUAAAAACUGUAACGCAAAACGGGACUCACGUGGUGCCCAUCCCUGCCGCCGUCCACGGCCAGGUGAACAACGCAGUGGCGAGUCCUCUGCACAUGCUGGCGACACACGCGUCGGCGUCGGCCUCCCUGCCCACAAAGCGUCAGAACGGUGACCAGUCGGAGCAGCCGGAGCUAAAGCGGGUCAAGACGGAAGACGGCGAGAGCAUCGUCAUCGCGCUGAGUGUGGACACGCCGCCGGCAGCCGCCAGGGAGAAGGGUGUCCAGAACUAGCGACCGGGACAGCUUUUCUUACUUUAGUAUCAACUCUGUGGUGCCAAAAGGAGACACUGCCUCUCACCGACGCUCGGAGCACCGUCUCGGUGGGUAGAGGGCCCUGCGGUUGGACUUCACCUCAGCACUGAAAACACAAAACCCAGGUGGCCUUAAAACUCCUUAAAGACAGAAGUCACACCUGAACAAAACCACAUGUGACAAAACCUGGUUCUGGCAGCAUCUCCCCAGCCUGAGCUCAGCUGGUCCCUCCGGAGCAGAGACGCGAGUCCUGGGUGAGCCCGUGCCUGGGGCUGGCGGAGCUGCCGGGACAGGGCGGGCGCCGUCCCCGUCACCUUCCCAGGCCCCCGGGGGCUGGCGCUGGGAGAGGAGACCAUGUUUCGUUGUCCACGUGUGGGAUUAGAGUAUUUUGAGGUGUACUUUCUUGAUGAAAUGAUGGGGUCUUUGACAUUUCAGAUCACUCCAUUUCUACUCUGGAAAUUUUGGAAUCACACAGGACUUUUUGUGUUGAUUUCAUUUGGGGAAAAGAAACAAUGUAGUUUUGUUUUUGUUGUUUGUUUUCAGCCUAUGGAAUGAUUUCCUUUUGUCUAUCCUGUUAGUGUUCAGAGGAGCCACUUGAUGACAUCCGCAGGUUUUCCGUGUUAGAGCAGGUGCCGGAUGCGUUUAGGAUGGACAGACAGACUGACUGGACAGACGGAUGCCCGCACUGGGCUGCAUGUAGCCAUGACCGAAAGAACUGCUGGACUCUCCGAGCUGCACUUAACUGGUUCUCUUUCCUGCUACUUUUUGUUGUUUGUUUCUUUGUGUUGACUUUGUCCCUGGCAUAAUUUUUCCACUCUAAGUAAAACAAGCCUCCUAAGUGUUGUGUGUGUUUAAAACGACAGAACUGUUCCUACUUCAUUUGGAAAAAAGAUUCCGUCUUCUUCCACAUACCCUUUUCAGACAAGUGCCACAGGUCUCUCUGUGGCACAUCUGCUAGUGGCAGUCACCGGCGCGAGGCGCAGAGCCAUCAUCCGACCAGCCAUCCACCUGGUGACAGUGCGGUUUGCCCGGCGUGCGGGGAGCAGCAGGUGCUGGGGUGGAGGAGAGGCUGCGUGUUAACAUGAGGGCCCUGGAAACAUCCAGGUCCUUCUCUGAUUUGUGACAGGAAAUCCCCCUCAGCCUUUCAGAGCUGAAGCAGUCCUAACGCUGACUUCUCGCCUACAAGACACAAAAGUGAGGUGAAAGGAAACAGAGGUGAGUGAAUGAGCAGUAGGGCCCCCCCUUCGCCUGGCCUCAGUCCCGCUGUCCCGGAACAAGACCGCUGGCCUUUCCAGAGCCUUCCGAGGGGGUCAGGGCUGAGCAGCUGUGCAAAGAGAAGAGGGCUUGGGCCUUACUGUGAACUUUUAAAUGUCAUCAUCAUCAUCAUGUUAUUUAUUUAAAUGUAGUUAUUUUGGUAUUUAAUUUUUUUUUUAAGAGAAGGAAAAACCCUGUAUUUUCCUGGUGGAAUGAAACGGCUCAGAAUGGUAUAUUUAGGCAAUUUUAAAACCUUAUUUACUUACAGACCAAAUAUGAUAAAUCUGUUCUAAGUAUUGUGUGUCACCCCACAGUACGGAGCUGUCACGAUGUUAUUGCAGAAAAAUGCGUAUUAAAAAUAAUGAAAUUACUGCACACUAGCUGGAUUUAUAACUCAGCCAUUUAAAGAAAUAAAAACAGAACCAUCAUGUGAACGA